AUGUCCUCCAGGACAAACAUGAAAAUCCAGCGCAAUUCCCAGAGUGCCUUACAAAAGCGCUCUUACAAUAUGCCAAACCUGGAUCCUCAGACUCCAUUCAGAAAACAACUCCUUGUGACCUGCUUCUCCCAGAGUUUCCCAAACAUUAGGUCCAAACUUGAACAUCUAGAGAAAGGGCCGCUGACUCCACAGGUAGAAGUCUUAUCUGUGGCCUGCAAGGCAGGAGUUUCCCCUCUACACAGGGCGGCCAGUGUGGGCGAUGUGGCUUCUGUUGAAAGACUCAUCAACUUCAAUCAGAUGCCACUGCAUUACGCCUGUGCCCACAACCACCCAGCUGUGGUGAUAUUGUUAUUAUCCAACUUUGCAGGCAUUAGUAUCCAGGAUGAUGAAGGCUACACACCCUUGAUUAAGGAAGCCACCCAGAGGGACAACGUGGAGUGUGUUUCUAUCUUCCUGAUUCAGGGUGCUGGUGCCCACGCAGUAGAUUUCAGUGGGGAUACAGCCCUGCACCGUGCCAUUUCCAGAGAUAGUACAACAAUUGCCUGCAACCUGCUUGAAUACAAUGCAAAUAUUGAAGCCACAAAAAAGUGAAGGAACAGCUGCAAAAGAUCCAGAGGAGAUGAAGAAAAAGCAUGCCAGCUUCAACAAAGGUAAGAAUUACUCCAUCUGCUCCUACCUUCCCUAAAGAAAACAAGGAAAAGAUUUUAGAUCCCCAAACAGGAGUUGAGGAAAUCAAGUAUAAAUGCAUUUCUGUUGUUUUCAAAUAUUCUAGAAAGCCAGAAUUAAGAAACUAUUUCUAAGCACUUUCAACUGUGAAAAUAUAUGGUCAAAACAUUGCUUAAUUUGUUUUAAUGCUGAUAUCUGUACUGCCUUUGAAUAAAAAAAGAAAA